CCAUCGACCCCACCUCCUAGCAACGGCGUUACUACAACAAAGUACACAUGGCCCCUGGACCGUGACACCUGUUCAGAUUACAGCUGAUCGCUGGCACCGCGAUAAUUCUGAUUUUCUGGCGGUCGCCGAAAUUUCUGCGUGCGAUUAAAAGAUGUUACACGUUACAACGGAGAUUGGGAAGGUCGGAAGGCAAGAGCGAGAGAAGCGACAUUAUGAUGAGAUGUGGGAGAUGGGAGCAGACAAACAGGUGUACCGACCGUCAGGCCGAGUCUACAUCCCCCAUGGAAAGGGACAUCCUGCAUCCAAGAGACCGCACCCACAACAUGUGGAGCCAGAAUACUCUGAUUGUGGUCCAGACUGGAAGUCGCGGCUGAGAUGGUUGCCACACCCGUCCCAACCUAACGCCAAACACCCUCACAGAUUCCACCAGAUACUCAGGACUUACCCAGGAAUACACAACGCCCGUACAGGUACAGAAUGGACAGCCUACCCUAACCACACCCUUCCAUUUGGCUACCACACUGGGAAGCGCUGCUAUAUUGAAGGUUCCCAUCAACGCAGUCGGCAGUCUUUCGAAGAAAUCACAGAUACCAUGAGGCUGGGAACCAGGUUCAAGGUUGGGGAUCCACGGGGAGGUAUCCCAGCAGCCUCUCCUGGAGACAAGUCGUACCAGGUGCCAGAAUACUCCCCACAGUUCCACCAGAUGGGAUCCACCAGGCCUGUGGUUGUCUUUGGGGGCAGUGCCAAGGUGAAGCCGGACACUUUCAUCCCUCUCAUCCCCCUUCCAGCAGUACCUGUCAAAUCUUACAGACUGAAGGAGCGACAGAGAAGGCACACUGCAGAAGUCAAAACAGUGGAAAGCCUGGAGAUGUGGCGACCUGCGACCCCACUGGAAGUUAGCCCUGUCAGCAGCUAGACGUGGUCAAUCUUGCCAGGACAAAUAUCUAAAGAUUUAUCAUAUCAUCAGCAUUUCAAGGCUGUUCCAGAAAAAGGGGAUAGAUGGCAGCUGAGAAGUUAUUGUCUCCUUCAUACUCGAGUUUUCUGUGUCCCAAGUUUUCUGGAACAAUCUUCAGUUUGAAAUGCCACAUGCUGCUACAUAUAAUGAUGCUUGUAAAUAACUGCAAUAUCUUUGUACUUUUUUGUAUGUUGCAACAUGCUGCUCAGUACAACUCUUUACAUUAAAGAGUUAAAAAUAGUUUCUUCGGUUACGUUUCAGCAUUGCAUCAGUGGUAUCAUGCUGAGAGGAUAUUCCAAGAUUUUUUUCAGCAAGUGUAUGUAUAUUUGAAUGACCCCAGGGUAAUGUUUUAGUGGAUCUAGGCAGUACAGAAACAUUUUUCUGUGGGGACUGUACACUUUUACACAUAGGCUCCUUGAAAUUUCUAAACUCAAUGUGUUUAACGGUAGUAACAUACUUUAUAGUCCACCAGCUAUCUUCCAACUGGUUUUGUUGGGUCACAGUUUGAGCUGUUGUGCUAGUACUUUAGUAGAAGUCAGUUAAGAAUAAUAUCAGCUUCCACCAAUGGUCACAAGAAUACUAAAGUAAGUGCCAUGAUGUAGAAAGACCUAAGUAAGACUAAGGUAAGCUAAAAUCAACGAAGACUACAAAGUCCAGAGGAUUUACUGUAAAAAACUUAUAACCUUUAUUAGAAAAUGCUGCAACAGUAUAAAACAAGCAACAGUAUAAAACAGGCAGAGUAUUUACACAGAGAGAAUAAAACUUUAUCAUGGCAUAUCAAAAUAAAACUAUAAAAUGUGCACUUGGACUUGUUAACUGUAGCUUUAUAAGCAUUGAAUAAAACUAUUGCUUGUUCCUACUUAACAGGUAAAUCAUGUUUUUACUCAUAGAACACAAAUAAAAAUUUAUUUUCCACA